AUGACGGGUAUCAUCAACGAACAUCACGUUGAACCACGCCAUUUUCUCGAACACGCGAGAAGCACGGUGUUGGAAAAAGUGCAAAAUGCCAUUGAGAAACACAAUAAUCUGAAAAUCAAUACAACGUUCAAUGGCGAAUUUGUAUCGGGAAAUAAACGGGCCAAUAAAAGUAUAACUACCAGAAAUUCGGAAAUUUUUUGUACAACUAAUUUAGACGAGUGCGCUAGUCUCGAUAAACUAGCAUCGUUUCUUCAUAAAGACAAGUUGAAAAUUGUACAAUCAGAAUUCAGAAAUUUAUCCGUCGAAAACUUUGAAUUAUUAACGCGUAAAUGGGUCUUUCCAUACGAAUACAUAGACUGUGUCGACAAGUUGCAAGAGCAGCGUUUACCACCGCGCAAGUCAUUUUACAGUUCUCUGACUGGUGAAACGAUAUCCGAGAGUGAAUAUGCACACUUUGUAAACAUCUGGCAGCGAUUUUCUAUUAGUACGUUAACUGAAUACAGCGAUUUAUAUUUGAAGAUUGAUGUAUUAUUAUUAGCUGAUAUAUUUGAGAAUUUUCGAGAAAGUUGUAUUCGAAGUUACGGAUUAGAUCCCGCGCAUUAUUAUACUCUACCCGGUUAUACGUGGGACGCUAUGCUGAAACACACAGGUAUAACGUUUGACUUGCUCACAGAUGUUGAUAUGGUUAUGUUUAUCAAACACAGUAUACGUGGUGAUCUUAGCCAGUGCAGCACAAGAUAUGCGCACGCAAAUAACAAGUACAUGCAGACAUACGAUUCAUCAAAACCAACGUCGUAUCUCAUGUACUUUGAUAUAAAUAACUUGUACGGCUGGGCAAUCUGUCAGCCAUUACCGUAUGCCGCAUUCCAAUGGGUAGACAACAUCUGGAGUGUCGACGUGAUGUCUGUGACAGCAACCUCAGACAUUGGUUACAUCUUUGAAGUUGAUCUCGAGUAUCCUCGCAAACUGCAUGACGCGCACGCUGACCUACCGUUCUGCCCGACGCGCGAUAAGCUGCCUGGCAAGCGACAGAAGAAGCUGCUUGCAACACUACACGAUAAAUCGCGUUAUAUUAUUCAUUAUCGCGCUCUGCAACAAUGUGUGCGACACGGUCUUUGUAUUACAAAGAUCAACCGCAUAUUACAAUUUGCGCAAUCUCUGUGGCUCCGCAGUUACAUCGAAUUAAACACACAAUUUCGAACGCUCCCUACCAACGACUUUGAGAAAAAUUUGUACAAACUGAUGAAUAACGCAGUCUUUGGUAAAACUAUGGAAAAUGUGCGAAGUCAUGUAGACGUAAAACUUGUAACAAAGUGGGAUGGAAGAUACGGUGCGGAAGUACUGAUCUCUCGACCAAAUUUUUAUAGUCGAAGCGUCUUUUCUGAACAUUUUAUUGCGAUUGAAUUGCGUAAACUUGAAGUGAAAUUCAACAAACCGAUCUACGUAAAAAUGUGUAGAUUAGAUAUAUCCAAGACGUGUUUGUAUGAAUUUCACCACAAUUACAUGGUACCUCUGUAUCAAGAAAAAUGUAAAAUUAUGUACACCGACACAGACAGUUUCAUUUAUUUCAUCGAAUGCGAGAACGUGUAUGAUAUCAUAAAACGUGACAUCGUUCGAUUCGACACAAGUGAUUAUCCGACUGAUAACGUGUACGGUAUGCCACGCGUCAACAAAAAGAUUCCAGGAUUGAUGAAGGAUGAAAAUAAUGGAAUGAUAAUGACUGAAUUCGUCGGACUUAGAGCAAAAAUGUAUGCAUUAAAGGUAGAUGGAAAGAAAGACACAAAAAAGGCCAAAGGUAUAAAGAGUAGCGUCGUAGCGAGAACAUUAACGUUUGACGAUUACAAACAAUGUUUGAAUGAUAAAAUCGAAAAGAUUUGUCGACAGUCGUGUAUACGAUCAAAGUUACACGAAGUAUACACUGUGUCCGAAUCGAAACUUGCUCUAAGUCCGUAA